AUGUUCGUAGGAAAACCCAAGAUCAAGACGAGGACCGUAAUCGUCAAGAAAGCCGCUACCGCCCCCGGGAUCCCCUCGUCGGCUCAUACAAGGCCUGGCAACGGCGUGCGCACCAACAGCGCGUCUGGGCCGCCCGCGAAUCGAUACCAGUCGACCCCUCUUGCGCAGACCAAGGCGCGGGACCCCGCGCGCAAGUCGCUAUCCGUGUCGCGUGUCGAAAGUCGCAAGCGCAAGGGCACCCCGAUGACACCGCAGUGGGCGAGCAGCGAUGACUCGAGUGACGGAGAGGAGCAGGACGAUCGACUGGGGGUCAAGAGGCCGAAGACAAGGCUCGCUAGCAGUAGUAUGGAGCCGAUGAAUCUGAACCGCACACUCGAGCCGGACUUGAGGAGAAGAAUUCGGAUACAAGAGCCGCAUACGAACGAGGCGAAGCAAGCGAAUGGCACAUCAAAUGGCACUCCUACAACGACGUUGAAGGAAACACCGAACGGGAUCUCGGAAGCGAAGCAAAAUGGAGUGUCAAGAGAGAAGAAGGCUGUAUCUCAAAAGGGUAGGCUAAUACACGGUCUGGAUAUGUCAAGUGGAGCAGGAGCCAAAGACUACAAGCCCGCAUUUCCGAACAGUACCGAUAACGCUAUACUCGAACUACAAUACCCAAGCCCGUCACGACCAGAGAAAUUCGAAGCAGUGGAUCCACUGGACUUCAGCGAAGGCUAUAGUCCUCUAAACGACAUAUACUUUAGCAUCGAGGAGAUAAUCCAGCACUACCUCCCCGAAGACAUUUCUAUCAAACUCUCCUCAGAUACAGAAGGAACGGUGCGCCUUCUCAAGCGCGCAGUAACGAAAGACUCGCCUGGAGACUUCCAGAUCGAGCUGGCCAAGUUUAAUCAGCUUAUCAAAGACCGACUGAGCGACGGUACGAUACCGCGCAUUUUAGACAGCAUGCACGCGAUACCCCUCAGCCUCGUCAAGCGCCUGACAGCACAAAGCUACAACCGCAUCGUCUCACCCCACGCCCACCGCCUGCGCAAAGUAAAAGGGAAAGAAACAACCUACGGCGAACUCCUCACGCCCUUUGUCCACAAAAUCUUCGCGCAAACCGGCCUCAAAUCCUCGCACGUCUUCGUCGACCUCGGCUCAGGCGUUGGUAACGUCGUCCUCCAGUCCGCCCUGCAAACCGGGGCGGAAAGCUGGGGCAUCGAGAAAAUGGACCUGGCCGCUUCUCUAGGGUCGAAGCAAGCGUCCGAACUGCAAGCCCGCGCACGCCUGUGGAACAUCACCCUCGGCGACAUGCAGCUUAUCCACGGCGACUUUCUCGACACGCCCGCCAUCGACGCCGUCCUGCGGCGCGCAGACGUCGUCCUCGUCAAUAACAAAGUCUUCGGCGAGAAGCUGAAUAACCUGCUCCUGCAAAAGUUCCUCGACUUGAAGGAGGGUUGUAAAGUGGUUAGCUUGGAGAGUUUUGGCGGCGGCGCGAAGCAGGGGGUGCGGAAUGAACAGAGUAUUGCCGGGCUGUUUGAGGAAGAGCGGUUUGAAUCGGGCACAAAUAGUGUGAGUUGGGCCGGUGAGAGUGUUGAGUAUUUUAUUGCUACCAAGGCGCGUUGA